AUGGCCCAUCGGCUGCGGUUUCAUUUUGGCUCUGGUCGAAGCAACACAGCCCCUGAAUCAGAGAUCCUAGAUCGAGAGAGAGAAGACGACUUUUUUAUGGCAUUCCACACUUUGCCAAGGAGAAACAGUCCUCACCCAUUCUCUCAAAAUGGAGCAGAGUAUGGUGGCGGUAGCCUACAAGAAGUGGGAUCCCUCAAACGAAGCACAUCCAUGUUUAUCCCUCAGCUGCUGAAUAACAUUGAUGCCCGUCCAACAAGGAGCUCAUCUGUGCAAAUCUCCCUGCAGCGCAAAGCUGUGAACGGACAUACGGAUGAGUGCAGGGCACCAGAAUCUCUUGAGGAGGACCUUCCCUAUAAAUUUUCAGAUCUUAGGGAGAAUUUUACUACACCAGUAAGUAGAUCUUCUUCAUCCCAAAGCAGCUCCCAAGGAACUUCAGAAAGAGAAUCCCCCAGUAAUUCUCCACCAAGGUUGCUUGAUGAUUUAGGACAACAGGUCAAUGGAUCUAAUAACACUUGCAGUCACAGAGUGUUUUGUACCGUUCCUUCAGAUAACCAAGGUGAUGCUAUCCCCUCAGUUGCUCAGGCUGUAGAAGGCAAUGAAAAUGCUUCCGGCUCGAACAUCACUGGAGUAAGAAUUCAGCAUCGUGCUUCAAGCGCAGAAAUGCGUCAGGUUAGACUCUUGCCCUUUGGAUCAGAAGUUCAGAACAACCCUUCUGCUCCUGAGCCCAGGCGUUGGUCUUUGCAACAUGUGCCAGAUGUAUCUUCUAGUUCUGGGAAAAGGUGUUUUGUUUUCCAGUUGCAGCAACCCCAAGCAAGCACUCCAAGCCCUGGUGGUGAUUACAAUUUUGGAUUUACUGGAACAAAGGGGGACAGGUUGGUCAGGUAUCCAAGAAUAAGGCUAGAGAGGAGUACCUCUUAUCCAGUGCAACCUCGACCUGAGCGAGUUAGCCCAAUGGAAGACAGAGUGAAUUCAGAGCUUCCUAACAAUAGCAGGAAUUGUCCUGAAAUACAUAGGAGUAACUCAGUAGAAAGGAUCCCACAGAGUAAGGGCUGCACUUUUAAGAUCAGGCAAGAUCAGAAUUCCCGACAACAACACUUUAGAAUUCUUGUCACUCGUGGUCAUGAAGAACCUCACCAGACUCUUGAAGAGAAUAGUUCAGACACACCUGCUUCAACAGCAGCAGACACUCUGACAAGAGACGACUUCCUUGGACAAGUGGACGUUCCUCUUAGUCAUCUCCCGACUGAAGACCCAACCAUGGAACGGCCCUAUACGUUUAAGGAUUUCCUCCUCCGACCAAGAAGUCAUAAAUCCCGGGUAAAAGGCUUCUUACGAUUGAAAAUGGCAUAUAUGCCAAAGAAUGGAGGACAAGAUGAAGAAAAUAAUGAUCAAAGGGAAGAUUUAGAGCAUGGGUGGGAAGUUGUUGAUUCAAAUGACUCAGCUUCUCAACCCCAGGAAGAACUUCCUCCACCUCCCCUGCCACCUGGGUGGGAAGAGAAAGUCGACAAUCUAGGCAGAACUUACUACGUCAACCACAACAACAGGACCACCCAGUGGCACCGACCCAGCUUGAUUGAUAUGUCCUCUGAGUCGGAUAACAACAUCAGACAGAUAAAUCAAGAGGCAGCACAUAGACGUUUCCGCUCCCGGCGACAUAUUAGUGAAGAUUUAGAACCUGAACCUGCUGAAGGUGGAGAUGUCUCUGAACCUUGGGAAACCAUUUCAGAGGAAGUGAAUAUAACCGGAGACUCUCUUAGUCUGGUCUUACCACCACCUCCUGCUUCUCCAGUAUCUCGGACCAGUCCUCAAGAACUGUCAGAGGAAUUGAACAGAAGACUUCAGAUCACUCCGGAUUCCAAUGGGGAACAAUUCAGUUCUUUGAUUCAAAGAGAACCUUCUUCAAGACUGAGGUCCUGCAGCGUGACAGAUGGAGUGGCUGAACAAUCUCAUCUACCACCGCAGAGUGCCCCAACUAGGAGAGCCCGUUCGUCAACUGUCACUGGUGGUGAAGAACCAACGCCAUCAGUGGCCUAUGUACAUACUACGCCGGGCCUCCCUUCAGGCUGGGAAGAAAGGAAAGAUGCUAAGGGACGCACAUACUAUGUCAAUCAUAACAAUCGAACUACAACUUGGACUCGGCCUAUUAUGCAGCUUGCCGAAGAUGGUGCAUCUGGAUCAGCUUCCAACAGUAACAACCACCUAAGUGAGCCCCAGAUCCGCCGGCCUCGUAGCCUCAGUUCGCCCACAGUAACUUUAUCUGCGCCGCUGGAGGGUGCCAAGGAUUCACCCAUACGGCGAGCUGUGAAGGACACCCUUUCCAAUCCACAAUCCCCACAGCCAUCACCUUACAACUCUCCAAAGCCACAGCACAAAGUUACGCAGAGCUUCCUUCCACCUGGCUGGGAAAUGCGGAUAGCUCCAAAUGGCCGUCCGUUCUUCAUUGAUCACAAUACAAAGACUACCACAUGGGAAGAUCCACGACUGAAAUUUCCAGUACAUUUGCGCUCAAAGGCGUCUUUGAAUCCUAAUGAUUUGGGUCCUCUUCCUCCCGGUUGGGAAGAAAGGAUACACUUGGAUGGUCGAACUUUUUAUAUAGAUCAUAAUAGUAAAAUUACUCAGUGGGAAGAUCCAAGAUUGCAGAAUCCUGCUAUUACUGGCCCAGCUGUUCCUUAUUCCAGAGAGUUUAAGCAGAAAUAUGACUACUUUAGGAAGAAGUUAAAGAAACCAGCCGAUAUUCCAAAUAGGUUUGAAAUGAAGCUUCACAGAAAUAACAUAUUUGAAGAAUCCUAUAGGAGGAUCAUGUCUGUGAAGAGACCUGAUGUGCUGAAAGCCAGGCUGUGGAUUGAAUUUGAGUCCGAAAAAGGCCUUGAUUAUGGUGGUGUGGCCAGAGAAUGGUUCUUCUUGUUGUCCAAGGAGAUGUUUAAUCCUUACUAUGGUCUCUUUGAAUAUUCUGCCACGGACAACUACACACUUCAAAUCAAUCCCAAUUCAGGCCUUUGUAAUGAAGAUCAUCUGUCGUAUUUCACUUUUAUUGGACGGGUAGCAGGCCUGGCAGUGUUUCAUGGGAAGCUCCUAGAUGGUUUCUUCAUUAGACCAUUUUACAAAAUGAUGCUGGGAAAGCAGAUAACUUUGAAUGAUAUGGAGUCAGUGGAUAGUGAAUAUUACAACUCCUUGAAAUGGAUCUUAGAAAAUGAUCCUACUGAACUUGAUCUCAUGUUCUGCAUAGAUGAAGAAAACUUUGGACAGACAUACCAAGUGGACCUGAAGCCCAAUGGGUCAGAAAUCAUGGUGACAAAUGAAAACAAAAGGGAAUAUAUUGACUUAGUCAUCCAGUGGAGAUUUGUCAACAGAGUCCAAAAACAAAUGAAUGCCUUCUUGGAGGGAUUCACAGAAUUGCUUCCCAUUGAUUUGAUUAAAAUUUUUGAUGAAAACGAGUUAGAGCUGCUGAUGUGUGGCCUCGGAGAUGUUGAUGUUAACGACUGGAGACAACAUGCUAUUUACAAGAACGGCUACUGCCCAAAUCACCCUGUCAUUCAGUGGUUCUGGAAGGCCGUAUUAUUGAUGGAUGCUGAGAAGCGUAUCCGGUUACUGCAGUUCGUUACGGGGACAUCCCGAGUGCCUAUGAAUGGAUUUGCUGAACUUUAUGGUUCAAAUGGUCCUCAGCUGUUUACAAUAGAGCAAUGGGGAAGCCCUGAGAAAUUGCCCAGAGCUCAUACAUGUUUUAAUCGCCUUGACUUACCUCCAUAUGAAACUUUUGAAGAUUUAAGAGAGAAACUUCUCAUGGCUGUUGAAAAUGCUCAAGGAUUUGAAGGCGUGGAUUAGGCAGCUGCUACUUUUUGGUUGUUGUUCGUCAAGCAAGUUCUUCUUGCCCUUUGCAUUUGCCUAAUGGACACCUAAGCCACAAUGGCAGAACAGUUGCACAAAGUUGGUUUCUGGAGCAAACUCUUCGACAAUGCAGUUGCCUAAGGGCAGAAGUUGGAACUCUAGCCCAAGGAUAGUAUUUCUGCAUUUUCCACCACAAAUUAUCAACUGGUUGACGUGUACACUAAUUACAUUUCAGGAGGACUUGUUCUAUUUAUGUUGGGCCUCUGUAGGCAAAGCCCUUAAUAAAUAUUUUACAUACUUUCUAA